GUACUCGUAUCUCGUACUGAGUCUACUACAGUGUUACAGUCCAGUUGCCUAGUUGCUAGUCGGAGGUGUUCUGUUCUGUUCAGUGUCCAGAGAGCCAUCAGAGUUGUUUGCAGUUCCAGACUAUCCAGUGUUGUGUGUAGGGUACGCUGCCUACGUGACUUUUACCACGCGAUAAACAGCUGUUUGCAGAUGAGUGCCUCUGGUAUCGAGAGAGCGGCGAGUAGAUACAGAUAGCACGUGCCGCUAUAAGAGUGCCACAGCCUCUGAGAUUGUCAUACUCUGUGAACAUGUCCACCAGUUCACUGUGCGUGUGCUGUGUGUCAGCGAUGCUACUUCAGCUUCAGUCUGCCUCAGCUGCACCCUUCAUGUCUACCGGUCUCAGACAAAGUUUGCUGAAGACCACAAAUGUAACAAUGGAAACAAGUAAUAACUCAUGGAAUAUUCUAGAUGAAAAUAGGAGCGCAAACACAACAGAUGCUGCUACAGUCCAUGAGGUCGUGGACAUGUGGUCUGUGAUGUGGUAUCUCGGAGCUUUUGGGGGACUUGUGACGUUCUUUCUCAUAGUCACCUGCUCCGAGUGGUGCUUCGGUAACCACAUGUACACCAGGCACGGCAUCAACGAACUCUACAUCAACGCUUACCAAACAAACUUUCACGAGGCGAGAAGAGUGUCUGACUCCCCUCCACCUCCAUACGACCUCUUCGCACCACCGUCGUACUCCGACCUCUUCGGAAAAGUUCAAGACACCAGGAGAAAGAGCAAGAUCAGUGUGUUCAUCAUACCCAUUCAUAGAAGACAGAGUGCGCCGGCUGUUUAGACCUAGGAGUGAUGAUUGCUUAGACCAUUGAUUCUCAAGUUGACAUCAGCGAGUGUGAAUGUUGUGUGAAAGAAUAAGCCAUGUGUAUUCUAGUCUUCUACAGCUGUGUAAAGAGUGGCCUUAGCAAUAAUAUUUUAAGUAUUUAAACUGUUUGAGGGUGUCCUCGAUGUUUAAAGUUCCUUGUCAUGGUUUAAUAUGAUUGUAAAAAUUAAUAAUAUGGUUAUAGCUUUAAAAUAAUUAGCUAAUCAUCCAAAUGUAAAUAGGUGAAAAAUCGCAAUCAAUUCUACUAUAGUCAAAGAUUUUUAUAAAAUUAGUUUAUUUGAAUAAGUGGUUUUGUUUAGGACUUUUGUGAUAGCCUUUUAUCCAAACAAUCCAAUUAAACCAUCUUCUCUGUUGCCAUCUAUUUAAAUCACAAUACUAAAUAAAAUGCAAACUGAACGAGAAAAACUGUUUUAGUUUUCAUACACUUUCUUACUUUUCUAUUACCAUACAUUCUACUACUACUUUAAUUAUGUUUAAAAUAAAAGCAAUUACGAGAUAUCAA